ACCCGAGCUAAUGCCGCGUUCCCUCAUGUCAGAAACUCGGGACCUCCAAGUUCAAAUGAACGUAAAUUAUUUGCGUAGUCAUAUUGGUCGAUUCUGGUACCUCCCAAUUGAGAAACUCGAGUACCGACUCUACCUCCUAGGUUAGCCAGUCUUAAAUUCCGAGUUUUCGACUUGACAAGAACGCGGAAUAAAUCUGUAACCCAUGAAGUCUCGCGAGACUAUGUAGCCAAAGCGUAGUGGCGACGGGAGUAGAACAGAGUGGAGUUUGUUGUCGAAGAAGGAGGAAGGCAGUGUAGAGGGGGGGAACUGCCAUAGAACACAUAACUGUGAGGAAUUUAGGGUUUUCAAUAUGGCAUCAGGUGAUACCCUGUACAUCGAAACGGACGGCUCGGAGAUGCCAUCAGAAAUAGUGGAACUCCAUGAAAUCGAAGUGGAGACCAUCGAGACAACAGUUGUUGGAGAGGACGACGAUGAACAGCCUAUGAUCGCUUUACAGCCCCUCGACUCAGAUGAUCCACACUCAAUGCAUCACCAUCAUCAGGAGGUAAUAUUGGUGCAAACCCGAGAAGAGGUGGUUGGUGAAGAUGAUUCGGACAUGCACGGGGACGAUGAUUACGAGGACCAAAUUCUUAUACCUGUCCCAGUCCCUGCCGCCGAAGAGGAAUAUAUCGAACAGACUCUGGUGACUGUCGCUGGGAAGAGCUCGGGGCGGACGAAGAAGGGGGGAAGCGGGAAGAGAAAUAAAAAGAACUACUUGGGUGCACCGGAGUCCAGUGGUAGAAAAUGGGAACAGAAACAAGUCCAGAUAAAGACUUUGGAAGGAGAGUUUUCGGUGACGAUGUGGGCAUCGGAUGACAAGAAAGAUGUUGACCAUGACACUAUGGUAGAGGAGCAUGUCAUUGGGGAUAAUUCUCCUCCCGAUUACUCCGAGUACAUGACAGGGAAGAAGCUCCCGCCUGGGGGCAUUCCAGGGAUCGACCUGUCAGACCCCAAACAGCUGGCAGAGUUCGCUAGUGGACCACGAUCUGUCAUGUCUUGCAGGAUGAAGCCACGGAAAGUCAAAGAGGACGACUCUCCCAGGACGAUAGCUUGCCCCCACAAAGGAUGCAGUAAAAUGUUCAGGGAUAACUCUGCAAUGAGGAAGCACCUGCACACCCACGGACCACGUGUUCACGUCUGCGCCGAAUGUGGAAAGGCCUUUGUCGAAAGCUCCAAACUGAAGAGGCAUCAACUUGUUCAUACCGGCGAGAAGCCUUUCCAAUGCACAUUUGAGGGCUGCGGAAAGCGGUUCUCCCUGGACUUUAACUUACGCACGCACGUGAGGAUUCACACUGGAGACCGACCCUACGUCUGUCCGUUUGACGGCUGCAACAAGAAGUUUGCCCAAUCCACCAACCUCAAGUCUCACAUCCUCACACACGCUAAAGCUAAAAACAAUCAGUGACUGUGAACCAACCCAUAUCUUCACCACGGCAGAAGCGUCACACCCCCUAAGAGCUAUGAAACCCCCUUUGUAUUGUUUCUAGGGAAAUGUUUUGAGAGAAUGACCUUACUGACUUUUUGAUAUGUACAGAGAUGAAAACGACGAACUCUAAAGACGCUUCACCCCCCCCCCCCCUCACCUUCAUCUUGACAUGAUCCCCAAGGAAAAGCAUAAAGUUUCUCCUUGUGAAGAUGUUGAUUUCUUGGACCUGCACUCGAAAAUAAAAGUUAUUUAUACUGCAGCACCCAAAGACAAAGAAUUGACAUUUAAAGUUAUUCUCCAUCAGCAUAGCGAAGUAAUUGCUUUUUAAUUUUGUACCUUUUUCUAAGUGUGCAUGUUGUACACUUUUCUUUUUUUUCUCUGGCUGAGCUGUUUUGUGUGUUUUCCCUGAGAAAUCUGUGGUAACCCUUCUUGGAGAAUUUGCUGUUUAUUGUACCUCCCAGCUUUUCCUCUUGUAAAAUGUUUAUUUGGGGGGUAUUCUUUAGACUAAUUUUGUAUAAUUGAAACGUACAGCUAUAUUGGAGUUGUGUAGAUAAUAGCAAUGUGAUUUAAGUAGUGUUAACUGAUUAAAACCGUUUUCUCCCCCCCCCCCCCCCUCCCGCACGGCCAGAGAGCAACACAUCGUGUCAUGUCCAUCAAGUCCUUUGUUUAGUUUAACACACAAUACAACCAGAAGUGGUGCUCAGUUGCAUCAUUAGAAUGUAUUGUACAGGCUGCAUUACCUUUUGCUAAAAUGUACCUCCCCAAUAAGUUGCCAAUACAAACCUGCCCAUUAGCAAGCACUUGUUAGAAUUUUGUUUCAGAAUUCCUAGUUUAUGUAGUGUUAACGGUUGUAAUGGAUAAAAGUCAUUUUGAAUGUGACAUUUACUAUUGGUAGGGACUGUUCAAAAUUGGUAUUAACAUUUUAAUAAAAUGGUUGAUAGGAACUUGUUGGUUGAUAGGAAUAUGUUAAAAUAUAUGACUGGUAUUUACA